UAUCUUUUUCGGAUUUUUUCUGUUCAAUCGCAUGAAUGAUUAACCCACAUAGUGAAAGAAAAUCAAGAAAAUGGUUUUCCCAUCAGUAAUUAUGGAAGCAAAGCAUGGAAUGUACAUGGGGUCUUCAGUUUUAUGAACAAUUUCUUAAUUUUUUAUGUUUUUAAUUCAUUGGAAGCAGAGUUACAGAACUUUCCAUCUAAAUUAUAGGAGAGGAUUGAAUUGGCCAUUGACGUCCAAGACUUGGACCUUUUAGUUAAUUCCUUUAUUGAUAGAGAAUAACAUAUUUCUCAAAUGCUGAGCUUUACUAGGGCAAGAACUCAGCAGAGAUCUAAUAGAUCUAUGUCUUUAGGAGGCAUGGAUUAUGCCGACCCGAAGAAGAAGAGCAAUAUACUAGGAAAAAUUCUAAUGGCUGCUACCCUCACAGCAAUGUGUAUUCUUAUGCUCAAGCAAUCCCCAAAUUUUAAUUCCCCUAGCCAAUUCUCACAUCAUGAACCUGGUGUUGUUCAUGUCUUAGUUACUGGGGGUGCUGGCUACAUUGGUUCACAUGCGACAUUGCGACUUCUGAAGGACUCAUAUCGUGUGACAGUUGUGGAUAAUCUCUCAAGGGGAAAUCUUGGUGCCAUCAAGGUCCUGCAGCAGCUGUUUCCAGAACCUGGGAGACUUCAGUUUAUAUAUGCUGACCUGGGUGAUGCGAAAGCAGUGCAUAAAAUUUUUUCAGAAAAUGCAUUUGAUGCCGUGAUGCAUUUUGCAGCCGUAGCAUAUGUUGGAGAAAGCACCCUCGAUCCUCUCAAGUAUUAUCACAAUAUUACAUCAAAUACUCUUGUUGUAUUAGAAGCUAUGGCGGCCCAUGGAGUGAAGACUUUGAUAUAUUCUAGUACAUGUGCAACAUAUGGGGAGCCAGAAAAAAUGCCAAUUACAGAAGUAACUCCCCAGCUUCCAAUAAAUCCAUAUGGAAAAGCCAAGAAAAUGGCAGAGGAUAUAAUUCUUGACUUCCAUAAGAAUUCAGACAUGGCUGUCAUGAUUUUAAGAUACUUCAAUGUGAUUGGUUCCGACCCUGAGGGAAGACUAGGAGAAGCUCCCCGUCCGGAACUGCGCGAGCAUGGAAGAAUAUCUGGUGCUUGUUUUGAUGCGGCACGUGGCAUCAUCUCUGGGCUUAAGGUUAGAGGAACGGAUUAUAAGACUCCGGACGGCACAUGCAUACGGGAUUAUAUUGAUGUCACCGAUCUUGUUGAUGCUCAUGUGAAAGCUCUGGAAAAGGCAAAACCACGGCAUGUUGGCAUAUACAACGUUGGUACAGGAAGAGGUCGAUCUGUCAAUGAGUUUGUGGAGGCUUGUAAGAAGGCAACUGGGGUGCCCAUUAAAGUCGACUUUCUUCCACGUAGGCCUGGUGAUUAUGCAGAAGUAUACAGUGAUCCGACCAAGAUCAGGGACGAGUUGAACUGGACAGCAAAACAUACCGAUCUUCAAAAGAGUUUGCAGAUCGCUUGGAGAUGGCAGAAGGCACAUCUCAAUGGGUACGGAACUCCUCAGGUGUCGUCAGCAUAGAUGUUUAUGCAGUCAGCGUUCAUUGUGGACGACUAACAUAGAACCCCAUUUUACUGCCUAUUUUUGCCCAGUUCUAUUAGCACCUAGGGGAGGAGAUUGAGGGCAGGGGAUUUUAUGUUUAUUCUUUAAACUAUCUAUAUUCAAGUUUAACCAUAUGGCUCUUAGAGUUCGUAGGAAGCAGCCAGUAAUAUAUGUAUUCGACACAUAUAUGUAGGCAAUAUUAGUUGCUAAUGAGGUAUUAUUGAUUUGUUAUUGUUUCCUCUAAUUUUUUCCAAGAAAGUUUGAAUCAGGAGAUGCUGAUA